CACACACUCACAUAUACACAUCACCAUGUCUCUCCCUGACUUCAAGACUGACGGCGGUCUCGCCACCCUCGAGAAGUUCCUCUCGUCGAGGUCAUACAUUGACGGCUACUCGGUCUCGCAAGCCGACGUUGCCGUCUUCGAGGUCUGCUCGGCCCCCGACGCCAACAAGUACCCCAACGUCGCUCGCUGGUUCACCCACGUCGCUUCCUUCGAGAAGGAGCACCCCAACCUCCACGGCGACAAGAAGAAGGCCGCUGCCGCUCUCGCUGCCACCGCCAACACUGGUGUCCAGUCGACUGCCGCCAAGGCCGUCGCUGUUGAGGACAACGCCGCUGGAGACGACGACAUUGACCUCUUUGGCUCGGACGACGAGGAGGAGGACGCCGAGGCCGCUCGCAUCAAGGCUGAGCGUGUCGCCGAGUAUGAGAAGAAGAAGGCAGCCAAGGGCCCUCGCCCCGCCGCCAAGUCCGUCGUCACCUUCGACGUCAAGCCUUGGGACGACGAGACGGACAUGGCCGCCCUCGAGGAGAACCUCCGCAAGAUCGAGAAGGACGGUCUCGUCUGGGGUGCCUCGAAGCUCGUCCCUGUCGGCUACGGUGUCAAGAAGCUCCAGAUCACCCUCGUCGUCGAGGAUGAGAAGGUCUCGCUCGACGAGCUCCAGGAGCAGGUCGCCGAGGACCUCGAGGACUACGUCCAGUCGACUGACAUUGCUGCCAUGCAGAAGCUCUAAGCGUGUGUGUAGCUAGAGGAUAAAUGUGUAUUCCCUGCUCUAAAAUGUCACACGUAGCGAUCAAGAGUGUGUCAGAGUCUGCGAAAGAGCGACUGCGUGCGGUGAAGCGGGUGACGCUGCUCGAAGGCACGGUGUGAGCG